GUGAAUUCGGACAAAAGGCUGCAAAGUAUGGCUGAAGUGUGACCGAGGCUUGCCCCGAGCUGUUGAUGGAAGGAUGGUGGCGGAGACAGAGAUAGUGGGGUACCCCGCUCCACCCCCCUCAGCCGGAGGCCGUGGGACACUCUCCCCAGCCCUGACCUACACUCCGGCCGCGCUCGGCCGCCCGCUCCCAUUGUGUGUGCUUUCUUCUUAUUGUCGCUGUCUGCUUCUGAUUUCCUUACUUAUUUAUUUUUUGUCCGUUUCCCCUGCCAAACAUGUGUUGGAGCCUCGGUUCUCACUACCCCCCCCCCCCACCCCGUGCUGUGAUGGUUUGAAAUCCUGCUGCCGGCGCUCGGGCUGAUCCCGGGGCGAAACCGGCUGACGGCUCGCUCGUUGGCUCUGCGGGCCACUCAGGUUGCAGGCCCUAUUGCGCCCUCUCAGUGUUCCUUGUCUCCUUCAGUAAGCAUGAAGAAACUAAGUUAAUCAUCUAUAUGAACGGCUCCGGGUUACUAGCGUCGGCGUAUUCCAGACUUCGGACACCCCCGGGUUUUGGACACUUGCGGAUUGUAAUCUGUGGCCGUGUUCAGCUUGUUGUUGGUUCUUGUUUAGGGCGAUGUUUGGUCCAGAGAGGGUGGGGGCGUUUGGUGGCGGCGCUGAUACCGGAGGGAGGGAGGGAGGAGUGGGGAGUGUGUUAGGAUUCGCUGUGAUUCUGCAGUCGAUCGCUUGGGAUCGGGCGCUGCCUCUCGGCAAUCGGCAUCUCCGUUCGUUCUGGUCCCGGCCACCUCCCGUCACGCCCCACCCCCGCUUCUUUCACCACUCCCUCCUCCCAAACGCCCUCGAAUUUUUUUUCCCUCUGCUGACCCUCUACGCGAUUCUCUCCCACCACAUCUCCACUCCCCCUUCCUACCCCUCCCCUGGGUCUCCUCACCCCCGUAACAAACCCUCCCUCCGAAUAUCUCUUGCCCUUCCUCCCUCUCUCUCCGCCGACCAUACUUCCCCCUCCUUUCUCCCUUGCUCACCCCUCUCCCCCGUAACAAACCCUCCCUCCGAAUAUCUCUUGCCCUUCCUCCCUCUCUCUCCGCCGACCAUACUUCCCCCUCCUUUCUCCCUUGCUGACUCCCGGCCAGCCCCGCUCCGCGAUCCUCUCUUCGCCCCAGCCACGGUCCUCUCUGGGCCUUGGAUCAGGAGCUCCGGUCAGGGGGAGCCGCCAGCACUCGGUCCCGCGCCGUGGCUUGGUCUGCGCCUCCGCUCGCCUCGCCUCGCCUCUCGCUGAGUCUUCCCUGCUGCUGCCCCUCCCCUCCCUCUGCCCCGCGGUGUCGUUUGUUUUCUUGCAAAGAGAAUCACUUCAGGAGGAUCCACCGCUUAUACGGUUUCAAGUUGGGGUAGACGCGGCACUUUGUUCAGGAGAGCCUGAGGCGGCGGGUCGCUGCCAACCUUACCUCGCCAGCCCCUCCUGUAUGGGUUGUUGUGUCUGCGAAGGACUCCGAGUGUUUCUUUGACACGGUGGGGCCAUGAAAAGCGCAGGGUCGCAACGGGUGCAGCCACCAAAAAAGAGACAGAGAACAGUGGAGGACUUCAACCAGUUCUGUACCUUCGUGUUGGCUUAUGCUGGCUACAUCCCAUAUCCCAAGGAGCACGACCCUUGGGCGCACGCAAGUCUAAGUCCCCGGAACAGUACUGGCAGCACAUUGGACAGCGACAGCUGGGAGUCCUCCAGAUCCUCUGACUCCCACAUCCUGCACUGUGGCAAGAAGAUAAAAUGCACAGGGGUUAAAGAGGGGGCAAAGCGGGGGAGAUCGGACAGCUUUUUACAGGAUCGGCCCAGUUUUGCCAGCGCCCUGUUCAGUAGCCCUGAGAAAACCAAGUGUGACAAGGCCAAGAAGAAGAAGAUCUCCCUGAAAAAGGUGAGCCUGGAUGGCACGAGGAGGAGGAAAGUUCUUGAAAGCGGGAAGAAAAUUACUUCGGACACCGUCAGGAAGGUGAUAGUAACAUCCCGGCCAGUGGUCCCCCUCCCCCAGCCUGUUGAGAUGCACCAGUCCAUUGAGAAGGCACCGCAGAGUGAAACGGAGUCCGAUGAGGAAAUGCUGAAAAUUGCACCGGAGGAAGAGGAAGUCUGCAAACCAGUUAUGACACCGGAGGAGCCUGAGAAGGAGCCAGCAGACCCCGGGAGACCCUCAGAGAGUGAGCAAGUGAAGGAGGCUCAGGAAACCCAAGAGAAUGAGGAUGGGUCAGAUGGAAAGGGAGAGGUGGAAGAUCAGAAAGAGGUGAAGGAGGAGGUGGAAGAGCAGGAGGAGGAGAAACACAGCAAAAAGCUGGAGACCGGAACAGCAGAUGGGACUUCAGCCAGUCCGGGUGCUCCCGACGCUGCUCCUGCAGAAAGCCUGAAGAUUGAAGAAGACGAUUCCUGGGACCUGAUCACGUGCUUCUGUAUGAAGCCCUUCGCAGGCCGGCCAAUGAUUGAGUGUAACGAAUGUGCGACAUGGAUCCAUCUCUCUUGCGCCAAGAUCAGGAAGUCCAAUGUCCCUGAGGUCUUCAUCUGCCAGAAGUGCAAGGACUCUAAGCAGGACAUCAGGAGAUCAAACCGGGCUCGGACCGGCCCUAAGAAACGGUUCAGCGAAUAGCUUGGCUCUGUGGCCCAGUCUUGCAGACAAUCAGAACGAUGGGAGUUGAGAAACACUUGGUUCUCGCCCCAUGUUGAAGAUGCGCCUUUCCGAAGAGGCAGAAUGGUGCAGGGGUCACCAUGCGAUGAAUGUGUAUAUAUUCCGAGCCCUGGGAAUGCCGUUCAGUCCCACUAUUCCAUCACUUUCGGAGUCUUGGAUGGAAUGUGGGGCUUGAAGGGUGGGCCAAGACGGUGACGUCUUCAUACUCUUGUGUUUAACUCAGAUCUGUGGCUUCACUGACUUACGAAGCAGGACUUCUAUGUAAAGAGUUGCCAUAGAAUAUUUGUUAGUGUGUUUUAUAUGCCCAUUGACAACAGAGGUGCUUGAGAUGCUGGGUUGAUUGUGGGUUGGAGUGGGGUUGAUGGUGAGGGGCAGAGUUGGUGAUGACAGACGGGGGGAGACUUGUUCAUCCCUCUAUCUGGCAUAUAUGUUGACUGAGGGUCCACAGCAGUCUGGUUCUCUACCCCGGUUACAGUCCUCUGCCCACUGAGUGACUGGGUUUCCUUGUUCCACACCACAUUUAACUUUGGAAAUUGGGAAGCCCCACUUUCUUCCUCCCCGCGCCCCCACCAUUCUGCUGUUCUUCAAACCAAGUGCAAUUAUAGCUGGAGAUCCUCUUGCUUCUGGGCUGUGAUUUGUGUCACCACGCGUGUCCUCGCUCCAACGUGUGUAAUUCGCCUAAGGCAGUGGGAGGGGCAGGUCAGCCAGAGAUGUCCCUUGCCAAGGGCAAUGGCCCCCAUCUUCCCUGUUCCUCUGAACAUGUCCUGAGUGAGGCGUUGGAGGCUCUCGAAUACUAAACAAUCUGCCGUGGUUUGGUUGGGGGCAGGCAGAGUUGCUGCUGGGAAAGCAUAACGCGAAGACGUGACGCUGACCGAUCUGAAGCUUGGUGGUGUGGCCAGGGCACUAUCCAGCUGUCCACUGCCUUAAUUCAAUCCUUGGCCAUGCAAGAACAUACAUGGCUAGUGUGGCUCCUGUACCAUCUCUCUCGUGCCUUCUCCCUGCUCCUGUGCCUGGAAGUGCCAACUGGCCGGCUGGCGCUCCAUUCCCAGGGAAACCAGACCACUGUCAGGCGGGACACGGGGAGCCAUUAGGCUGUUGGAAACACUGCCACUUUGGAUCUGGUCCAACACAUGACUUGCUGCCAGUUAGCAGAGAUUUCACCUGGCAAAAGCAGGAACUUCAGGUACGAAGCAAUCUGCUCAGAGCAUUUUAAGCUUAUUUAACUGAAACUGUUCUGCGCCCGAGUAUCAUGUUAGUUGGCGGAGUUGGUAGCACAGGUCCACUGUUGGAACUUCACCUGCUCGAGCUGAACCAAUCCGGUUUCCGUUGUACGUGCACUUUCCAAUCCAGUGCUGUGGGGCUUCUUGGGAGAUAGUUCUCGGGAGAGGAGGAUGUGCUGUGAUUUUUCUUGGCAACACACACACAAAAUGCUGGAGGAACUCAGCAGGUCAGGCAACAACAAUGGAAAUGAUGUUGAUGUUUCAGGCUGAGACCAUUCAUUGGGACUGGAAAGGAAGGGGGAGAUGCCAGAAUCAGAAUCUGGGGGGAGCGGGAGGAGGGCAAGCUGGGAGGUGCCAGGUAAAUCCAGGUGGGUGGUAGAGGGGGAUGAAGUAAGGAGCUGGAAGGUGACAGAUGGGAAAGAUAAAGCGCUGGAGAAGAAGGAAUCUGAUAAGACAGGAGGGUAGACCGUGGGAGAAAGGGAAGCAGGAGGGACACUGGGGGUAGAUGAUAGGCAGGUGAGGAAAAGAAGGUGUGGAAUUGAAGGGGGAUGACUGGAAAUUGGAGAAAUUGAUGUUGAUUCUAUCAGGUUAGAGGCUACCUAGACAGAUGAUGUGUUGAUCCUCCAACCUGAGAGUAACCUUGUGCGGUAGUAGAGAGGCCAUGGAUUGACAUGGUGGAAUGGGCAUAGAAUUUAAAUAGGCUGGCAUCCCUCUUCCUUUUCAGUCCUGAUGAAGGGUCUCGGCCUGGCAUAUUGACUGUUCAUUUCCACUGAUGUUACCUGGCCUGCUGAGUUUCUCCUGCAUUUUAUGUGUUGCUCUGGAUUUCCAGCAUCUGCAGGAUCUCUUGUGUUAUUCAUUUUCCUUGGGCAGGGUUUUAAACACAGCGAUGGAGCUCCUGUUUUGGGGGGGGUGUUUUGGUUGUGGGUGAGGUUCUGGAGGACUAGUGGCUUGGGCAAUGAUGCCCUGGGUCACCUGUGGACAUCAGCACAGGCGACAACUUGGCUGCCUCUACAGGUGAAUAGCCAGCUGAUGAUGUCUGGGGGAAGGUGGGAGUGAGCCCAGUGACUGCAGCACCUCAAUGCAAUACCGAGCAGCCCAGGGGAGCGGUGGUGUAGGGGUUCUUGGUAAAUGACCCAGUCCACAAGGGCUAUCUCUGCACGUACCUGCCCCUGUGAAGCAGCCCAGGGAGCUUCCAACUGGUCAGUAAUGUUACACCUGGGUCCAGUGUUUAACUUUGUAUAUAGCUUUGAAAUUCUGUACAUAGUGUUCCAGAAAGGAACAGAAGGUAUUAUGGGGUACAAGUGAAGUUUGGGGAUUGUGGUUUCAAUUUGCACUGAAUCUCACCACGAGACCUGCGUGGGGUCGGGAGGGGGGGGCCAGGACCAGGCUGGAGAGGGCCCGGGGCCAGGGCUUGGCCGUCUGCGUUCCAUUGUACAAAUGUAAAAUACAUGAGGCCUCUAACUGUAAAGUGCAGGCUGUUUAAGAUGUUCUCAGUUUAUUCUGCAAGGCCUGUUUCUGUGGAAAUAAUUUGUAUUUCGGUAAGGCUUGGAUGAUGGAUAUGAGAGAGGUGGAAAGGGGGGGCAGUUUUUAAACUCUCCUUUCCAACAUUCCCUCACCUCAUUCCUUUUUACCUUCUCCCCCCACCCCCAUCACCAUGGUUACUGUUUUUUCUACUCUUGGGAUGUAAAAUAAAUAUAUAUCUGCUGGUA